AUGGAGCUCCUCCAGUUUGGUAUCCAAGAAGAGAUAAAAGCUAGCAUGGGCUACUCUCAAAAAUGCAGGAAAGAAUACUCCACGAUCGAAUACAAAUGUAAGUAUCCACAAUGUCAAGCUAAAUUCAAAGUCCGGAUAAUAGAUCAAGAUAAAUAUGAACUACUAAUCCACUCUGACUCUCAUGAUCAUUCUGCACCUCCGAAAUCAACAAAAACAAUAUCCUCAUUAUUUGUCAGAAAUUAUCUUAAACAUUACUUUGAAAACAAUAUGAAUCAUGCUACAGCUCAACUUAAGUGUUUCCAAGACUUAAAUAUUUCAUAUACAGACGAAGAGUUACUUUCAAUAUUUGCACAAGGUCCAGAUGCAUUACGUAAAUUUGCUCAAAGAGCUGAAAUUGUUUCCAAACGCUUUAGUUCGGAUGAAAAAGUUUCUUUAGCUAUCUUUGUCGAAUCUGUUCAAGAAAGUUGUCCAGAAGAUUUAAUUGAAUUUAUCUCUGAGCCGGGAAAACUAGUUUUUUUAUAUGCACCUUUCGAAGCGAAGGCCCUUGGUCACCAAAUUUCUACGUUUCACAUCGAUUCAACGUAUAAACUUCUAAGGGCUAACAUUCCAUUAUAUGCACUCACAGGAAAAACAGAACAUACUAUUGUUUUUCCUUUUUUGUAUUUCUUUAUUUCUCCUGACACAAGCGAAAAUAUUCAAUAUUGUUUUUGUCGUUAUUUUCAAUAUAUUAAUAGAGAACCCGAGAUGAUAAGUAUGGACUGCGCCCCACAAAUAGCCGAGGCAAUUGAGCGAGGUAUUCCAAACUGUCAUAUUCUUUGGUGUGGCGUGCAUGUCCUUCGCGCCAUAUUAAGAAAAGCGGAUAA